AGGGAUCGUUAGAUUGUAAUUAAUCACAUUAAAGUUAUAAACUAUCAUAUUAUAUCUAUAAAAUUUGUCACUUUAAAAUAAGAAGAGAUCAACGUAAGAUCAUAAUUAGUCAAUUUUAAAUUAUAAUUGAUCAUUUUAAUCUAUAAUAGAAACAAUCACUUUAAUUAUAAUUAAUUACUUUAAAAUUAUAAAUAAUUAUUAUUUUAAAACCAUAAGUUUACAUCACAUCACCUCAAUAUUAGAAUGACCAUCAACAAUUUGUGAACCCAUAUAGCAUUGUUACACGUGCAAGUUUGCAUGUCCCUAACACAAUACAUACCCACAUUGAUCCAACUCUUAACGUGUCAUCCCUCCCCUACAUAGCAUUCUUCCCUUAAUGGCCUAAUCUUCUCCUAUUCCCUUGGCAAUUGGCAUCAAUAAUGGCCAUUACAACCACUACAUCUACAUUACACACCUUCUUACGCCGCCUUCAACACACCUCCGCCUCUAACUCCACCCAACAUCUUCCCCUCCUUACCCUCCUUAUCUCCACCGCCAUAUUCCUCCUGCUCGCCACCCUCACCCUAACCGCCACCCUCAUCGGCCUCGUCUUUUUCGUUCUCGGUCUCAUCGUUUUUGUUCCCUUCAUCAUCCUUUUUAGCCCCAUUUGGCUCCCUAUUUUUGUGUGUGUUUUUGUUCCUCUUCUCGGAUUUGUAUCUCUUUGUGGGUUUGGUUUCGUCGCCUUGGCUGCUUUGUGGUGGGUCUACCGGUACUGCCGGGGGAUGCACCCACCAGGUUCCGACCGGUUUGAUUAUGCUAGGAACAGUAUUGCCAAUACGGCUCGAGGCGCCAGGGAUUAUGCUAGGGAGUAUGGUGGGUAUCUUCAUUCUAAGGUUAAGGAUGCGGCCCCUGGUGCUUAAGUCAUGGCGCUUUUAAGUCGGGGGUGGUUUAGAGCAUGUUAAGAUGUAAGA